AGACAUUUGACACAUAGCCGUGACGUGUUUAUCACCGAACCAACUUGUUUUUUGAAUUCGUUAGCAGAAAUAAUUAUUACUUAUUCUUAUUUUAUCAUAAAAUCGAUAAAGCGUUCUAUCACGUACCUCCACGUAUAUUUGCAUUGACAGGCAGGAAAAUGUGGCGGUUCCUUAUAUUGUCGGCGUUGGUUCAAAUAACUAUAUCGCAGCAAUAUCAACAGAAAGUCGCUCCCGGCGUCCCUCCACAGAACUAUCAGAAUUAUCAGCCACCUCCUCCGCCCCCCACGCCACAACAGCAACAAUAUGCACCACCACCUCAACAACAAUAUCAGCAACAGGUCCCCGUGCAACAGAUGCCGGUGCAACAACAAAUGCCGGUGCAACAACAAGUGCCCGUGCAACAGGUUAACGUUCAACCGCCGCACGGCCAUGGUCACGAUCCCCAGUUAUUGAACGCUGCCAAUAUAGCGCAAGAAAGAGAUCACAUCCAAGAGCACAUGGAAGUGCCCAUAGACACGUCCAAGAUGUCGGAACAAGAACUGCAAUUCCACUAUUUCAAAAUGCACGACGCGGAUAAUAAUAAUAAAUUGGACGGAUGUGAACUUAUCAAGUCGUUGAUACAUUGGCAUGAUCACGAAGGCAAAGAAAUAGUGACCACAGCGAUCUACAAAGAUGAAGAAUUAGUUAACAUGGUGGAAGGUGCUUUGAAGGAAACAGAUUUGAAUAACGACGGUUAUAUAGACUACGCAGAAUAUAGGGCUAAAUCUAUGGUAUAGGCACAGUCUAAUGGACCCUCUUCACAAUGGGCAACGUUGGGCGAGUCGAGGCAAUCACGAUAGUGUAGAGUCUAAGUACACUGUAGACUGUAGAGCCUAGCUGUCUUAACACAAAAAACUUUAGACAGGGUUUAACUUUAAGCGCGGGUUCUCUUUAAUCUGGUUUUGUCGUAUUUCACAUAGACAACUAUUAAAGUGACAUAUCCCUGGUUUAAAGUUAGACUGUGUUUAAAUUGUUUUGUGGUAAGACCAUGAUGAUCGACCGUCAUUGUAGAUGUUUAUUUGUUUUUUCAUUAUAGGUGAUUAUUAAUCACCGUACUGGCUAUGGACAAUUUUUAUGUAUUUAUAUAUAAUGUAUAUCAUUAGUAUUAUUAAGUUGUGAGGCCGCAAUGUUGUCUAUACAUUUUUGACUUUUGUAUAUAAAUGGCUAAAAAGUAUGUUCGCGUAGUCAUGGCACAGAAAAUAAUAUAUAUGCAGGGGAGAGUCAUGAUAAACAUUAGCAUGCUAAUUAAGAAUAAAAUAAACUUAAAUUCUAUGCUUGAAAUAUCAUACAUUUUCUGUAAGAUACCAUUGCCAGACGCAUUCAGUGGGCUAUAAGCCUAUAGCUUAUGCCAGACGCUUUAAAGCUAUCAAAAAAAAAAUUGUAAUUUACAUUUACAUAAUAUUAUCUUGAUUUUGUCAAAUAUUCAAGGGAUUAUUAUUAACAAAUACUGGUUAUAAUAAGGUUUUUUCAUUACAAACAUGACAAUAUGCAAUACAUAAAAUCUUUCUUUUUAUAAU